AUGCUCCAGUUCCUACUUGGAUUUACUUUUAGUACCAUGGUGGGAAUGUAUCUGGCUCAGAACUAUGACAUACCAGACCUGGCUAGAAAACUUGAAGAAAAAAAGGACUUGGAUGCCAAGAAGAAACCCCCUAGUUCAUGGAGCAGACUCCAGCACUACCUUCUGGAUAUUCCGAUUCUGCUGUUCUUGAGGGCCUCCUUACCAUCUGAACCAAAAUUCCAGCCUCAGUGAUUUUCCUUUCUCCUAGAUCCUCCCUUGGCUCAGAGCACAAAGGGGGCCACAAGCGAAGAACUAUGCUUUUCCAACCACCUCAUCUCUUCCCUUCCUCCUUCCAGCCACUUGAGAUGGCCUAAGACUGGAACUAUGGUGCUAGAUUAAUGAAUGUGACCUUUAAUUAGUAGUCUCUUCCUUCAUUCUUUGGGAUUUCUACUACUUUUUUCCUAAAGAAAAAUGGAUGGGUUUGCGUAGCUGAUUAGAUUAAGCAAUGCUGAUUACACAGUAGCAAUUAUAAUGGAUGUUUAAACAUUUGGUACUAAGUUAUGUUUUUUGGGGGGGUUUUUUUGUUUUUUUAAUUUGACAGAGAGACACAGCGAGAGAGGGAACAUAAGCAGGGGGAGUAGGAGAGGGAGAAGCAGACUUCCUGCUGAGCAGGGAGCCCAAUGCGGGGCUCAAUCCCAAGACCCUGGGAUCAUGACCUGAGCCAAAGGCAGACGCUUAACAACUGAGCCACCCAGGCGCCCCCUAAGUUACGUUGUUUUGAAUUAAUUAAAAUUAAAGUCUAGAGGGAAAAAAACAAAUAAUAAAAUGUCAGUAUAAGCCUUAGCCUAUCAGUAAUUACUUUAAAUGCAAAAAGUCUAAAUACUACAAUUAAAAGACAGAGAUUGGAAGGAUAGAUUAUUUAAAAAUGGCCCAAGGACAUGCCCUCUACAAGAAAUGCAUGUCAAUCAUAAGAACCACAGGUAGGUUGAAAGCAAAAGGUGGAAAAAAGAUAUAUCAUGUUAACAUUAAUUUUUGGGGGGUGCCUGGGUGGCUCAGUCAGUUAAGUAUCUGCCUUCGGCCCAGGUCAUGAUCCCAGGGUUCUGGGAUGGAGCAUGACAUCGGGCUCCCUGCUCAGUGGGGAACCUGCUUCUCCCUCUCCCUCUCCCUGCCACUCCCCCAACUUGUGCUCUAUCUCUCUCUCAAAUGAAUAAAUAAAAUAUUUUUUUAAAAACCUUAAUUUUUUUAAGUGGCUAUAUUAAUAUCAGACAAACUGAACUUCAGAGCAAAGAAUAAAGAAUCAGUCCAUCAAGAAGACAGAGCAGUUCUAAAUGUAUACGCACCAAAAGGCAGAGCUGCAAAAUACAUGAAACAAAAAAUGAUGGAGCUGAAAGGAGAAAUAGAUCCACAAUUAUGGUUCAGGACUUCUGCAUCCCACUCUAAGCAAUCGAUAGAACUAUUGGACAGAGUAUUAGUAAAGGUAAAGAAUAACUUAAUACCAUCACACAACAGGAUCCAGUUGACAUUUACAGAAAUUCCACCGAACGACAGCAGAAUGAAUAUAUAUUCUUUUCAAGAUCCCAUGGAACAUAUGCCAAGAUGGAUCCUAGGUCACAAAAUGAACUUCAGUACAUCUAGAAGAUUAAAAUCAGGGGCGCCUGGGUGGCUCAGUCAGUUAAGCAUGUAUCUUCGGCUCAGGUCAUGAUCCUGGGGUCCUGAGCAGGCAGUCUGCUUCUCCCUCUCUGUGCCUUCCCCUGCUCAUACUCUCUCCCCUCUCGCGUUCUCCCAAAUAAAUAAAAUCUUUAAAAUAAAAAAAAAAGGGCACCUGGGUGGCUCAGUUGGUUGAGUGACUGCCUUCGGCUCAGGUCAUGAUCCUGGAGUCCUGGGAUUGAGUCCCGCAUCGGGCUCCCUGCUCAGCAGAGAGUCUGCUUCUCCCCCUGACCCUCCCCCCUCUCAUGCUCUCUCUCUCUCUAUCUCAUUCUCUCUCUCAAAUAAAUAAAUAAAAAAUCUUAAAAAAAAUAAAAUAAAAUAAAAUAAAAAUCAUACAGAAUAUGUUGUCUGGCCAUAUGGAAUCAAAUCAGAAACCAAUAAUAGAAAGACCACAGGAAAAUCUUUAAUCAUUUGGAAAUUAAGAGUACACUUCUUAAUAAUCCAUGGGUCAAAGAGGAAGUUAUCACAGGAAAUUUUAAAAAUGAGAGGGUCUGGCUGGCUCAGUCGGUGGAGUGUGCAACUCUUGAUCUCAGGGUUGUAAGUUCGAGCCUCAAAUUGGGUGUGGAGAUUACUUCAAAAAAAUUUUUAAAUCUUUUAAGAAAUUUAAAAUGAACUUCAUGAUCCCAGGGUGCUGUAUGGAAGUGUCGAAUUACUGUAUUGUACACCUGCAACUAAUUUUUUUUUUUUUUAAAGAUUCCAUUUAUUUGACAGAGAGAGACAGCGAGAGCAGGAACACAAGCAGGGGGAGUGGGAGAGGGAGAAGCAGACUUCCCACCGAGCAGGGAGCCCGAUGUGGGACUCGAUCCCAGGACCCUGGGAUCGUGACCUGAGCUGAAGGCAGAUGCUUAAUGACUGAGCCACCCAGGCGCCCCACCUGCAACUAAUAUUACACUGUAUGUUAACUAACUGGAAUUAAAAUUUAAAACAAAAUAAAUUAAAAAUAAAAUGAACUGAAUAAAGUGCUCGCUUCGGCAGCACAUAUACUAAAAUGAACUGAAUAAAAACAAAAAUACAACAUACCAAAAUGUGUAGAAUGCAGCCGUAGCAGUGCUGGGAGGGAACUUAUGGCCUCCACGUGCUUACAUUAGAAAGAGAAAAGAUCUCAAAUCAGUAGUCUAAGUUGCUAUAUCAAGAAACUAGAAAAAGAAAAAAUAAAUCCGAAGCAAGCAGAAAUCAGUGAGAUUGUAAACAAGAAAACAACAAAGGAAAUUUAUUAAACCAAAAGCCGGUUCUUAAAAAAAUCCCAAUACAGGGCACCUGGGUGGCUCAGUUGGUUAAGCGACUGCCUUCGGCUCAGGUCAUGAUCCUGGAGUCCCGGGAUCGAGUCCCGCAUCGGGCUCCCUGCUCGGCGGGGAGUCUGCCUCUCCCUCUCCCACUCCCCGUUUGUGUUCCCUCUCUCGCUGUGUCUUUCUCUGUCAAAUAAAUAAAUAAAAUCCUUAAAAAAAAAAAAAACUAAUACAGCUGGUAAACCUUGAACAAAAUUGACAGAUAAAAAGAAGACGCAAACCACUAACAACAGGAAUAGGGGACGUCACUACAGCCAUUAAGAGGAUAGAAGUGAACACAUUAAGAGGAUAGAAGUGAACACCAGGAGCACCUUUACACCCCCAGAUUCAAUAACUUAGAAUAAAUUGCUUGAAAAGCACAAGUUACCAAAACUAAACCAAGAUGAAAUAGAUAACCUGAAUAACCAUUAAUAAAAUUAGAUUUUUAAAUUAAAAAGUUCCUGAGGGAUUCACUCUAGGGGUUUACCUUAUAUUUAAAGAAUAAUUAACACCAAUUUUACACAUUCUCUUCCAGAAAAUAUAAGAGGAGGGAAAAUUUCUGAUUCAUUUCUUGAGGUCUGAAUUUGUCUGAUAGCAGAACCAGACAAAGACCAUACAAAACAAACUACAGACUAGUAUCUCUCAUGAACUUAGAUACAAAAUGUUAACAUCAUAUCCAGGAAUAUAUAAAAACUGUACCCAACAGCCAAAUGGAGUUUAUUCCAGAUACACACGGCUGGUUCAGUAAUCAAAAACCAAAUCAACAUAAUCCAUAUCAACAGUCUAAAAAUUCAUAAGCACAGAAAUGCAUUCAACAAAACCCCAACACUCAUUUAUGGUAAAACACUCAUCCAAGAUUAGAGGGAGAACUUCCUCAGCUUGAUCAACUUCCUCAUCUACAAAAAACCAACUGUACCAUCACACUUAACAGGGAAAUACUGAGUGCUUUCCCCCUGACUGGGAACGAGGCAAGGAUGCCUGCUCUCACCACUCCUACUUAAUGUGGUUCUGGAAGUUCUGAUCAGCACAACAAAGUAAAAGGAAAUAAAAGAGCAUUUAGAUUAGAAAGGAAGAAAUAAAUCUGGCUCUCUUUGCAAAUGACAUGACUGUCUAUAUAGAAAAUCCCAGGGGCGCUUGGGUGGCUCAGUCGUUAAGCGUCUGCCUUCGUUCGGCUCAGGUCAUGAUCCCAGGGUCCUGGGAUCAAGCCCCGCAUCGGGCUCCCUGCUCCGCGGGAGGCCUGCUUUUCCCUCUCCCACUCCCCCUGCUUGUGCUCCCUCUCACUGUGUCUCUCUCUGUCAAAUGAAUAAAUAAAAUCUUUAAAAAAAAAAAAAAUUUCCAAGGAAUCUACCAAAAAACGUCCUAGAACUAAUAAGUGUUUCAGCAAGGUCACAGGAUGGAAUUAACUGUAUUUCCAUAUACUAACAGUGACACCAUUUUUUUUUUUUUAAAGAUUUUAUUUAUUUAACAGAGAGAGAGACAGCGAGAGCAGGAACACAAGCAGGGGGAGUGGGAGAGGGAGAAGCAGGCUUCCCACUGAGCAGGGAGCCCGAUGCGGGACUCGAUCCCAGAACCCUUGGGAUCACGACCUGAGCUGAAGGCAGACGCUUAACGACUGAGCCACCCAGGCGCCCAACAGUGACACCAUUUUAAUAAAAAUCCUGUGCAUCAAUAUUUGUAGCCGCAGUAGGUGGAUAGUGAAACUGGUAGAGCCGUACCACGAGCAGUGACCGCUGAUACAUGCAACACCACCGAUGCAUCUCGGAAGCACCGGGCUGGAUGAAAGAAGCCAGACACAAAAGGGAACAUACUGUAUGAUUCCACUUAUGUAAUAUUCUUGAGAUAAUGUUGUAGAGAUAGAGAGCAGAUUAGUGGCUGCCAGAGAUUUAAGGAUUAGAAAAGGAGGGGGGAGGGUGGCUCUAAAAGGGUGACAUGAGGGAGCCCUGUGGUAAUGGCACACUUAUCUGUCCUGAUUGUUAGGAGUGGUUAUGUAAAGCUACAUGUGCUAAAAUUGCACGCAUGCGCGUGCACAUUCUCACGAAUGAGUGCACGUGGAACUGGACACAUCCGAGUAACCUCCGUAGAUUGUACCAAUACCAGCGUCCUGGUUUUUUGUUUUUUGUUUUUUGUUUUUGAGUGAGAAUGAGAGCACGAGAGGGAAGAGGGUCAGAGGGAGAAGCAGACUCCCCGCUGAGCAGGGAGCCCGAUGUGGGACUCGAUCCUGGGACUCCAGGAUCAUGACCUGAGCCAAAGGCAGUCGCUUAACCAACUGAGCCACCAAGGCACCCAGCGCCCUGGUUUUGAUAGUGUGCUGUACUUUUGCAGGAGGUAGUGUUGGGGGAGGCAAGGUCAAGUGUGACCUUGGAAGUUCCUUCCAAAGGCCUUUUUAAAAUGCAUGCACAAGUGUAUUUGCAUUAGAAAUGUAUUUGCCCCCAUCCCUUCUCUAGACAAAUGGGUUUCCUAUAAUCUUAACUAUUCUGCACCUUACUUUUUUUCUUCACUUAAUAGAGAUGGUUCCAUAUUGGUCAUGCUUUAUUUUUUCAGAUACAGAGAGUACAUUGAUAUUUCUGCCGUGGUGCUUAAAUCACGUUUCUAUGAACAGACUUCCGGGGUGUUUCUGUUCUGUGCUGUUAGGAGCAAUGCUCUGAUGAAGAUCUUGCACAUUUGCUAUUUUGCUGGUGUGUGAGUAUGCCUCUGAAAUAAGUUUCUGGAAAUUGGAUAUCUGGAUUAGAAUCUAUCUAUACCUAGAGUCUUCAGAAACACCGCUAGAUUGCCCUGCAUAGGAGUUGUACCAUUCCAUACACUUCGCAGCAGCGAGUAUCUUCAUUUAUCCCCACAGGCUGUUUUCACAUUGUAGGACUUCCGACAAUAUGUUAGGUUAAAAAUGGCAUCUCAGUGUGGUUUUAGUUUUUAUUUCUAUGAAAAAUUGGACAUCCUUUCUUAUUUUCAAUUUGUAUUUUGAUUUAUAUUUCCUUUUCUGUAAACUGUGUUCAUAAUCUUUGGGCCGUUAUUCCAGUGGGUUGUUGGCUUUUAUAGGAGUUAGUGAUUUGUAGGAGUAAUUUAUAUAAUAAGCUCUGUCUUUGAUGUGAUGUUAAUGAUAUUUUUUCUGUUAAUUGUCUGCCUUCUGACUUUUUUUUUUUUUUUUAAAGAUUUUAUUUAUUUAUUUGACAGAGAGAGAUACAGCGAGAGAGGGAACACAAGCGGGGGGAGAGGGAGAGGGAGAAGCAGGCCUCCCGCCGAGCAGGGAGCCCGAUGCGGGGCUUGAUCCCAGGAACCUGGGAUCAUGACCUGAGCCGGAGGCAGAUGCUUAACGACUGAGCCACCCAGGCGCCCCUGCCUUCUGACUUUUCUUAUCAUUUUCUUUUUUUUUUUUUUUUGGCCACACUGAAGUUUGUUGUUUUGUUUUUAAUUUUUCCUUAGUCAGACUGAUCUUCUGUGGCUUCUGGAUUUUGUGCCACUCAGAAAGGUCUUUACCACACCCAGGUUAUAAAUUUCAUGGUAUUUCAUUGCAUUCAGGUGUAGCCCUAUUGAAAUCUGGAGUUACGUCCCCACAGUGGUGCUGCUGGGCCAAGCAUUAGGCGUAGACUUUAUUUCUGGCCUUGGGUCUGAUUUCAUGGGUCUCCUCGGGCUUGUUGGAAAUCUGGGUCACUGCUAGAACCAGAUCAAGUUAAUCUCACAUCCUCCAUAAAGUGGUGCUUUAUAGGGAAAGGAAGUAAGGGGAGGACAUUGGAUGAUCUUCUGGCUCUUAUCCCAUCUUCAGCAACCUUUAUUCUAAGAGAGAAACUCUAGUAGAAGAGGUGUUUGUCCCCUGUGUGCUCCAGGGUUAGUGGUUGGGUGACAGAACCCCUUUGCUGGUCUCCAGGGAAGGGAAACCAAACUUUAAGGGCUGUUUCCUUCCAUUGGUCAUUUGUGCAAAUCCCACUUAGGUUGCUUUUCCACAGGGACUGUCUGCCUGAAUCUCUGGAAUCUAAAACGGUCCUGUCACAGUGAGAGGAACUUGGGAGUCUUGUCCACAGUUCAGAGCACAGCACUGUGGAUUUUCUUCAGAACGGAGUCCUAGUCAGUGGUCUGUCUUCCUAAGACUUGCUUUUUCAAAA